AUGAGCAAUGGUGAAGAGCGCGGUGCAUACACGACUGUUGCGCAGACCGAGACUGCAAGUGCGAACCUCACAGUACAUGGCAAAGACGUCGCAAAUGAAGACGCGGAUGCCGUUCCCUUUGAAGCGCCUGUUCACAUUGGCUCCAUACCGACAGCAGAGGAUCUGCUAUUUCUGCCUCGCGUAGCAGACACGCUGCCAUAUGGCGCUUUCCUAGUCGCCGUUGUCGAGCUUUGUGAGCGCUUCGCCUACUACGGACUCUCCGGGCCCUUCCAAAACUACAUCGCCAACGAAUACAACGACCCCAACGGCCUACCUGGCGCUCUUGGCUUGAAGCAGAGUGGUGCGACAGCGAUGACGAACUUCUUCCAAUUCUGGUGCUACCUCACGCCUUUAUUUGGCGCCGUUGUUGCGGACCAAUAUCUUGGGAAGUAUGCGACGAUUAAGUGGUUCAGUUUGGUGUACAUGGUCGGCAUCGCGAUUCUCUUCAUCACCAGCUUGCCGUGGGCGGUUCGAGGUGGAGCCGCAUACCCUGGACUUAUUGUCGCGAUGCUGGUCAUCGGCCUGGGUACUGGUGGCAUCAAGAGCAACGUGUCGCCGUUGAUCGCGGAGCAAGUGCGGUCUAACAAACCUUUUGUCAAGGACCUGCCUGGAGGAAAGCGCGUCAUUGUCGAUCCAGAGAUUACGGUACAGAGGAUCUACAUGAUAUUCUACAUGUGCAUCAACGUAGGCUCAAUCUCUGCGAUCGCAACGACUAUGUUGGAGUUGCAUGUUGGCUUCUGGAGCGCUUAUCUUCUACCUUUGGUCAUGUUCUGCGUGGGCUAUGUGGUGCUGGUGAGAGGAAGGAAGCAGUACAUCAUCAAGCCACCUCAAGGCGGGGUGAUUGGCAACUGCUUUCGCGCCCUAUACAUCGCCGCAAGGAACGGCGGAGAUCUUGACAAAGCGAAAGCUUCCGCUCAAGGGCACGGAAGAAGCAGGUCGAAGGUGACUUGGGAUGACAAGUUUAUCGACGAGUUGAAGACCGCGCUGGUCGCAUGCAAAGUCUUCCUGUUCUUCCCAAUCUACUGGCUUUCCUACUCGCAGAUGCUGAACAACUUCGUCUCGCAAGCCGGUCAAAUGGAGUUGCAUGGCCUUCCCAACGACAUCCUUCCCAACAUCGAUCCCGUCACCAUCAUCAUCCUCAUCCCAAUCAUGGACCGCCUCGUCUACCCGUUCAUCCGCACACGACUACACAUCGCAUUGAUGCCAAUAACACGCAUCUCUCUCGGUUUCCUCAUGGCCGCGCUCGCCAUGCUAUACGCAGGCGCUCUCCAGUCAAAGAUCUACGCGGCGCCACCUUGCUACUUCAGCCCAUCGAACUGCGACGCGGGAAAGAUCAGCGAAGGCAAGUUUAAACCAAACCAAGUCCACGUCGCAUGGCAAGCCCCAGCAUACGUGCUGAUCGCACUGAGCGAGAUCCUCGCUAGUGUUACCGGCCUGGAAUUGGCAUAUGCGAAAGCACCCGAGAAUAUGAAGAGUUUCAUUAUGAGUCUCUUCUUGCUCACCAGCGCGGGUGGAAGCGCCUUGGGUAUCUUGAUUGCUCCGUUGGCAAGAGACCCGCACUUGCAGUGGUUGUACUUUGGAUUGGCGUUCAUUGCUGGUGUUGCGGGCGUUGUGUUCUAUCGCAUGUUCAAGGACGUUGAUGAUGGCCCUGCGGCGAAGUUGGCUGAUGCUGGAGAGUACGAGUUAACUGGACGAGCGAGCGCUGACGAUGAUGGGUAUUAUAGCGAUGAUGCGGACCCGACUCGAGGCUCGCAGCGCGCCUGA